AUAAAAGCGCCAAAACACAAGAGACAUUCAGUUUAAGUGAUAAACAUGUACAAAGUGUGUGCUAUUAUUGCCUGUUUGGUGGCGGCGAGUCAAGCCGGGAUCAUCGGAGGCGGCUAUGAAGGAUUAGGGGCCUAUGGACAUGGACACGCCAUUGAUUACUACGCUUAUCCCAAAUACGAAUUUAAAUAUGGCGUCGCCGAUGGCCACACUGGUGACCAUAAGACUCAACACGAAGUCCGCGAUGGUGAUGUUGUCAAAGGGUCCUACUCGUUGGUAGAACCCGAUGGUACGAUCAGAACCGUCCAUUACACCGCUGAUGACCACAAUGGGUUCAAUGCUGUUGUGAGUCGAUCAGGUCAUGCUGUCCAUCCCACACCGAUCGCACUUGGCCAUGGCAUUCACUAUUAAUGAUCUCCGUAGAGUACCUCAUUCGCUCACUUGAUUUUAUCACUCACUUUCUUUAUAAAUGCCAUAUUUAUUUUUGUAAAUAAAUGGAUAUUCACA